AUGGCUCAGAAAGGUGAAACAGUUCAACAAGUAGUGAUGACGCAAGACAUGCUCCAGAGCUUAAUUACAAGUUUACAAGGUAUUAACAAUCAAGCCCAAACUAUGUUAAAAUCCUGUAGAAAGUUAAGCAUGACCGUUCGAUCACCAGCUCUACCAGCUCCUGGGUACGGAGGAGGCGCUCCGUGGCAGAUGAGACAAACUUGUUCGUGGAUGGAUAGGCACGGUCGGCCAGUCUCUCCACCUAUGGAAUACACUAGAUCGGGUCCGGUACCGCCACAAAGGUACGGUUAUGGUAGAUCUUCAAGCAAAGACAGGAGUAUACGAAGGGUUGACCUUUGCAUAGAGCCUGGCCAAAGCUUGGGCUUAAUGAUUCGAGGGGGCGUCGAAUACAAUUUGGGAAUCUUCAUCACAGGCGUUGACAAGGAUUCGGUAGCGGACAGGGCUGGAUUAAUGGUUGGCGAUCAGAUCCUGGAGGUAAACGGCCAAUCAUUUAUGGAUGUUACCCAUGAUGAGGCUGUAGCUCAACUUAAAUACCACAAGCGUAUGUCCUUAGUGGUGAGGGACGUCGGUAAGGUCCCACAUUCUUGCACUGCCUAUGAUAGAGACUGGGACCUUUGUAGUCCAGGAAGUAGAGCUGCGCAAACAACUCGGAAAUGGGCGGCGGCGCUGCAAAUGGUGGAAGAAAAAGCGAGAAUCCUACUUAGUCGCCCCGAAUUCACCACAUUGUGCUAUUAUACAGACGAGUAUGCAGCGCGACAUAUGACCAUAGAUGCCUUCGUUCAAGUCAUGACUGAACUUCUAAACACCCCUGAUAAGUAUACACUAAUGACCGAAUUAAGAGAAAUAGUAGCACUCGACGACCGCGCAAAGUUUGACGAAUUAGUUUAUAGAAGAGAAAUCGACUCUUCCAGAAUUAGGGAUCCUAGGGAACAUGAUUAUAGGCAUUCCAGGAGAAAAGGAAUGCCAAUUCCAGAUUCAAACCAUGCGAUAUACUCCGGUUAUGAGGAAUACGGUGAGGUGCAACCACCCAGUAUAAAUAUACAAAAUGAAGGUGACUACCAUCGCUCACCAAGUGAGGAUUCUGGUUUAGGAAUGGGAAUUGCUGAUAAAAAUCUAUCAAGCUGA